AUGCUCCCAGCACUGGUCUCAAUCCUUUCUGUUGGGGUUUUAUCGCUCUUUUCUGGUCUGGUUCCAGGUAUGAGGGGGGCACCAACCCUCCACCUUCAUGUCGCCUACGCCAUUUUGCGGAAGGCGACAUCUCGCCUGUCACCGCUUCAACUGCAAUUAGCUUCCCCAUCGACAGAGUCCAUCUACCUUCGAUAUAUGCGGUCGGCGCGACUGACUCCUCAGAGUGUGAAUUUGGGUACCGGCGCUAAGGGCCACUGGCUCGGGGACAAAAAUGCGAAGAAAGUGCUUGUUUGGUAUCACGGAGGCGGAUUCUGUUUACCGGCCAACAUGGGCUAUUUCAAGUUCUUUGAACAAUUAAUCCAGUCAGCUGGAGAUUCCGGUCAUGACCUUGCAGUGUUUGUCCUCUCCUACACUCUGGCCCCACACAUGCGGUACCCAGGACAACUGAGCCAGGCGGUUGAGGCGCUACGGUAUAUUGUGAUGCAAACACACCGCAGCCCACUGGACGUGCUGGUUGGCGGAGACUCGGCGGGUGGAAACCUGGCCGUCGGUUUGCUGUCGCACCUUUCUCAUCCCCAUCCUGCCAUCCCAGCGCUGAACCUGGAGGAGCCACUCGCCGGCGUCAUCCUGAUUUCGCCCUGGACUUCUCUGGAUGCAAACCCUGUUGGCUUAUCCAAAGACAUCGGGGAUUUGAUCACGACUCAAGUUGCAGGUCCGUGGUCAAGCGCAUAUCUUGGGGGUGCUGAUAGAGACUACUACAGUGAUGCGUCCAAUGCUCCGUCGACCUGGUUCGAAAACCUGCAAGUGAAAGAGAUACUAGUUCUGGGAGGAGGUAAUGAGAUUAUGAGGCCUAUGAUUGAAGCUUUUGUACAGAAGGUUCAGAUUGCUUUUCCUUCGGUGGAGCUGUUCAUUGGAGAACUCGAGGCUCACGUCGCGCCUGUGUUUAAUAUAUACGUCGGAUCGAAGAUGGAGACCCAACAAGGAGAAAAAUUGAAGAAUUGGCUCAAGAAAAUGCUCUAG